AUGGGCUCUAUCGCUCGUACGACUGCCGGUCACCGUCCACCAGAACUAUGCGUUGAACUGUGGACGCUCAUCUUCGACUUUUCAACAUAUGUCAGUGACAUCUACGAGCCAGAGUUCUACGAUUACUCCGAGCGAAUAGGCCCGCUCAACGUCGACCCUCACUGCAAGCCAGCGUUCAAGCAAUCGCUCGAAACGCGGCGUUUUAUACCGCUGGUAUGCAAGGCUUGGUACAAGCUUUCCAUCCGCUUUCUAUACCGAUCGUUGUGGAUAGAAGGCUUUACCACACUUCCUUCCCUCAUCACGACGCUCUCGUCAUCCGGUCUGGAGAAGCGUGAUGGAGAUCCAACCCUUGGUCUGUACACGGAGAGGAUCGACGUCGUUUUUCCGGCCAGUCGGGCGAUUGACGCAACGGAGCUCAAAGGCAUCGAGGGCUUGUCCAAUCUCACGAAGUGUCUUCCCAACCUCUCCGCAGUCGUCUUCGCGGCUUGCCGCCCCACCAUUACCCACUUCGACCUUCCUCACGAAGUCAUCGACGCCAUGUACAACUUGGGCGCACGUCUAAAAAUUAUCGACUGGCGCAAUUGCCACAUGAGAGUGUCAGUAUCACAGGUCCAAGGGCUUUUCUCUUCCGCACCCAACCUCCGCCACUUCUCCUGCUAUACAUUUGUUUCCGCAGACUCCGCAGCGCGCCACCCGCUCCCCAUGAUGUCAUCCCUAUCGACAUUCUCCUACCGCCACUUCAAAGGACAGCUCAACCUUGACCCAAUGUCCAUGCCAGCACUCCGGCACCUCGUCGUCGAGUCCUCGAGAGCGCCGCUGCCCGUCUGGCACGGCUUCCUCGAGGCUUACGGGCACCAGGUCAGAUCUGUCUACUUUUCAUUAAGCAGCGAGGAGAAGUUCCAAGAGGAGAUAGACAGGAUCGGCGCAUCAUGCCCCAACCUGGAGCGGCUGACGCUGUGCGUGAACACAGGACACCACCUCCCCCGGCAUCUCCAUCUCCCGCCUGUGCACGUCUUGGGCCUGCGCUUCGACGUGAAUACGGCGGUGGACGCCGUGUGGGAUUAUCUGUGGGGAGUCCUUUCGGACGUGUGCGAGCAGACGCCAUCGAUACGGACCGUCCAGUUCGUCGCGUUUCCGUUUGGGCAGCUAGGGCAGCAGGUUGCGAGAGGGAAGGAACGGUUCCCGCAUUUGCCGAUUGAAAACCACUGGGAUAUGGCGAUCAAAUGCGGACGGUUAAUGCGUGGAGUGGAAAGUGGAGUGGAUUUUGCGUCAAUAGGGGCCAACCUUAUUUUUGGGGUUAUCGGUUCCAGUUAG